AUGGAUACCUCAAUGCCCCUAGUAGGGCGAAGUCGCGCGAUCUUCACUGUCUGUGUAGUCAUGAUGUGCCUCUCGAUCGUGGCUGUCCUACUGCGCGUCUUUGUUCGAUCUUAUAUUGUGCGAGCCUUCGGAUGGGAUGAUACAUUGAUGGUAGCAGCGGUGGCACUGUUUACAUUCUUGGAUAUCUGUUGUAUUAUUGGAACCCACAAUGGUGUUGGCCAUCGGAUCAAGGACUUUACAAGCCUGGAUAUGCUGCAAACUGCCAUGCUGUGGUGGUGGUUAGGUCAAAUGCUCUACAUCUGGUCAUCGGCAGUCGCCAAGGUUUCAAUCGCCCUGGCCCUUAUUCGUUUGACAGUACGCAAGGUACACUUGAUUAUCCUUUGGAUAGUGAUUGCAGUCGUUAUUGCGAUCGGUCUGAUGUUCUGGCUUGUCCUGCUCUUUGACUGCAACCCAGUCUCUUACUUCUGGGAACGGAUUAAUCCACUCAAUUCUGGGACGUGCUUAUCAACCGAUAUCCUCCUUGCCAUCGCAUACCUUUACAGCGCAAUUACCAUAUUCUGCGACUUUACCUUGGGAAUAUUCCCCGUCUUUUUGAUCUGGAACCUGCAGAUGAACGGGAGGACAAAGGCCGCUUUGGGUGGCAUUCUAAGCAUGGGGGCCAUUGCCAGCGUCGCUGUUGUGAUUCGACUCCCCUUCUUGCAAAACUAUAAAGACACUGACUUUCUUUAUUCAACCUACCAAAUUGCGAUUUGGUCGGUGAUGGAGACCGGCCUCGCUAUCAUUGCCGGCAGUCUCAUUACACUGCGCCCUCUAUUCCGUUGGUUCCUGGAUGGAACCGCUUCUUACAACACGAACGAACGUAGGGGGAAGUAUCCUCUAUCAAGCCUUACCGGGAAUACCUCCAAGACCGCCGCCUCUCGCGACCCCAGAUAUUGGCGUCCAGAUAUACCCUCGGACGAUACCUCUACCUUCGUUGUGACUGCAGUAUCAUCGCCGGACCGUCUUCACGCUGAUGGUAAUAGCAGUCAAGAGGUUCUGUACCCUGUGCCGGACCCUUGGCUACCCCCAAACAGUGUCAAUGUGCACAAAACCUUCCGGGUUGGAGAAGAGGAGACCUGA